UCGUAAGCGUUUAUCCGUGGGCGAAUUCCAAACAUUUCUUUUCUUUCCGUGUCUUUAGUGUGCUUUAUUGCUCGAACACGUUUCGUUUCUGCGCUCUCAUUUUUGAGUUUUCUCGCGAAACCGACUAACGCGUACGACUGCGACCCAAGCCUUCGAACAACUCUGCAGCAUAAGCAUGCGCUAAUGAUCGAGCGGAUGACAGUGGGAACUAUUACAAUAUCAGUCAACGCUUGAAAAUGAAAGCUGUGCGUAGCACCCUCUCCUCCACGUCGUACGCCACCCACAAUGGCCAAACGCCGUUCUACCAAUCGAGCUACUGCCAGAGCUGCUCUGGGAGUGAGACAGAUGUCUCCACAUCGACCGAGAACUUGAGUGCGGAGGAGCGACUUGCCCUGAGACGCGGGGAGCGGCAGGAACCCCAGGGCGAGGAAACGGCGCUCACCGAGGAUGAGCUCAGCUCACGUUCGAACACUCUUGUGAUUCGAAACAACAGCUCCAUUGAUGGUUUCACAUCACCAUUCUAUGGGAAGCCACCAGAAAGCGGUCCUGUAAAGGGCAUGGCACCGUUGCCAGCAGCAAACGCGCCUGUGCGUGAAAUCACCGAGAUACCUAAGCAUUACUUGGACCAGUCCGAAGUGCUCAAGCACCUUGCCAAAGAAGUGCACAAGGACCCUCAAUGUGUGCGCAAGGGCUCCACGGGAAGCUUCUCCUUUUCCCAGUCUCACAACGACCUCAGCCCGGUUGUGAAUGGAGGCAGCAGCUCUCCACGUUGGAAGGUGGCAGCAGUUGACAUUGAGGCAGCCGCAAGUGGAGGUGUAGGGGGUGGCAGGGGAUCGCCACCGCGCAUCUUUUCGCAGCAGCAAUCAAUGCAGCAGCAGUACCAACAGCAGUUGCAGCAGCAAACCAACAUGGCUGCUGCUGCAGCUGCACUUCUUUACCAGCAGCAACAGCAGCAGCAGCAACUACAGCAACAGCAACUACAGCAACAGCAACUACAGCAACAGCAACUACAGCAACAGCAGCUACAGCAACAGCAGCAGGCGCACGCUCGUCCCAGUGGAAGUGCCAUGACCUUGGAACCGGAGACUGCAGUGCAGGCUGUGCAGCAGUUGCUUGAAGAGAAUAGCGCUCUGAAGGCUGAGCUGGACAUGUACUACAGCAAGGUGUCUCGGCUGCAGCGGUUGGAAUUGGAGCUUCAGAAGCUUCAGAACGACCACGACAGCCUGGCGCAGUCAACAGAAAAGCGCGAGCGCUUGCACGGUGCCAUGCAGUCUCGCCUUGAGCGGGAGCUCAGCAAGUCGCAAGAGGUGUCGCGCCGACUCAAAGAGCAACUGGAUGCCACGCUGACACAGCUGUCCAUUCGAUCGCUGCCAGACCACGGUGACUCUGAACUGAAGAAAGAAGUCAGCAGAAGGGAUGUGCUAAUUGCACAGCUUCUCACGCAAAACAAGGAGCUUACUGCUGAGAAGGAGCGCAAGGAGAUAGAGCUACAGGCACAACGAGCGACGCUGCAGGAGCAGCGCAACCACAUCGAUAUCCUUGACAAUGCACUGAACAAUGCACAAGCCAACGUGGUCAAAUUGGAAGAAGAGUGUCGCAAGAAGCAGUUUUAUGUGGAACGGGCUGGUCAGCUUCAGAAGCAUCUAGCCGAAAUGCAGAUGGCGAGUGAACGGAGGCUGCAGAUGGAGAAGCGUUUCCGAAGCCAGCUGGAGCGGGAUGUAGAAAACCUUACCGCACAAAAGACCGAUGGUAAAUCACCUAGCAAUCCAAGGAAGGAAUCGGAGGACGUUGAGAUCCUCAAGAAGACAUUGAGAGAGUACGAGGAGAAGAUAAUUGGCCUGGAAAACGAAGUGUCAAAGUGGGAGCAGAGAUACCUGGAGGAAAGCACAAUGCGCCAAAUUGCUGUGGAUGCUGCUUCUGUGCCCAAGGAUGCCAAGAUAGCUGCAUUGGAGCGCACCUCCCAGGAGAGCGAGAAGCUGAUUGCGCAGGUCCGGUCAGAGAAGCUCAAGCAGAUGGACGAGCUCUAUGCAUCACAACGAAAGUGCGCUGAGCAGGAAGGAAAGCUGAAGGACCUGGAGUCCCGGCUCGCAGAGAAAGAUGCCAUGAUUCGAGUACUGCAACAGCACUCCCAGGAGAAAGAUGCGGUACUGCAGAGCGCUGUCAUGGGGCGACCACGGCACGCACGGGCAGCUUCCUCUGUCACGUUGGGCUCUGCCGCUACGGGGACAGCUGCACAUCGCAGGACAGGCAGCAAGGAUGAGAUUGGCUCUUCUAGUCUCUCCGGUGUGGUCACCAGUGAAGCAGCAGCUAGUGCAACAAGUACUUCAGUCUCGCAGUCACAGUGCUCAGAUUCCAAGAAGAGUAUCGAUGAACAGCUCAAGGAGUUUGGGUCCCGACUCUCUAACAAGUUUUUCUUUUAAAUCACCGGCAACUUUGAUGGGCAUAUCGGCUCGUGUCGAGGGAAAUGAGGAAUCGAUAAUAGACACAUUGCGGCUCGACAACGAACACACCACCACUCGGCUUUGGAGGGUCUGAAGAGAGAGAGAGCCGUCUACUUGCCCACACCUGCUGCGAUCACUCACUCGACUCAUCUGCUGCUGCCCAUUCCUGCCUCACGGACUUCUCUCCUCUACGUGCCUCUUUUCUUCCUCGGUGAUGACUCCUCACUGCACUUGCACACAUGCGUGCCACCAUCACACCCGCUGCAUCUGAGACGGCUUGCUGGCUGGCCAGCUGGUUUCACUGGCCCCAGUUUGAUGUACAAGGAAAACAAGGGAGCUUGGCAAACUCGAUUUUCAUUUUUUCUUUUUAGGAAUGCGUUCCUUUUUGUUUUUGACUGUUUCCAACAUGGGAGUGCUUGGUAAAUGAUACCGUGUGCAGAGUUCACGUCUUUGCUUUUCAUGUGCUCGAGUUAGUGCGAACAGGAAGAGACGUCACUUCCUCUGUCAUCAGGAGGCACUCUUUUGCAUUCUUUUAAUGUCCCCUCCUUUUUUUAUUGGCUGCGCCACUUCUUUUCGUCCCUGAAGUUUCAAGGCAGAGCGGUGUGUGUCUGCCAGGUCCCAAAGUUGCUGUGCUAAUAUUUACAUCAUGUAGAAAAAAAAAACUGGUGAACAAUGUUUAGUGCUCUGCUUCUGAAUGAAGCUUGCUUUGUUUUAGAUGAUCGUGCCAUUAUGGUUGGAAUCUUGCUUUCUGUUACACUUUAUGGAAUUUGUAACAUUCGGGCCCUGGUGGAAUCGGUCUUCCUGUCUCCUGUGAAUCUUCUGCCAGACUAUGCACUGCGUCAAACUUGCAUGUUAACUCGGUGCGUGCUGGGGGAUCCAUGGCUUGUUGUAAUGUGUGUCCUUUUGUGGUUUGUGAACUGGUGCCUCUGUGAAGAAGCUAGUCAGUGUUUCUUGGUGCCAGCAAAACUAAAUUAGGAAGUGUGUGCCGGUCUACAAGAUGUGGUUUCACCCUCUCCGUGCUCCAGAAGAGAGCGGGCGACUUCCCUGUGUGCAAGUUUCUUUUUUUUCUUCUUCUUUUGUGCUUACUUGUAGCCCGAAGAAGGAAGCAAAAGAAUUAAUUUAGCUGUGGUCUCCUUUAGUGUUAGUUUUUAGCUUAUUUAGUUGCACAUUCUUCAUAUGUACCUGCUGUGAAGAGAUUGUGUCAGCACCCAGUGCUUAGUAAACUAUCUGUUGCCAUGAACAAGCCGGUUUGCCGAUGAUGCUCUCUUGCACAUGUUGAAGAGCAUUGGAGAGGGUCAUGUUAACAUCAGCUGCCUGUUGAUCAAGCUGAUAACCGGUUACCUGCACAUACUCAGUGCCCCCAUCCCCCUUCUUUUGUGUAUUUGUCUCCUUUUAAUUUUCUGUCAAUAUGAUUUGUAUUAUGGAUGCACUGAUAAAUAGGAGCAGAUAAUUAGUGCUCCUUGGUGGCUUUCUUGUACCUCCAUUUUGGCGACAAAACGGUUGAAAGAAUAUUUUAAUAUAUUUCAUGUAAAUGUUACAUUUUUGAAAAGCGCUGCAAGAGUACAGUUGUGCCUUCACAUUUGUAGAGCGUACAGUUCGUUAAAGCAGUGUUUUAGGAAAGAGUUCUUUUUUAAGUUCCGCAUUGCACCAGAAUAUGUUGGUGGCAGGGUUGUCACAUUUACAGUGUAAAACUUCUACAAGCCACCAUUGAGCACGAGUUUAUUCCUAAGGCUUGUGCAUUGAUGCAAGGUGGAAUUCUAUGCCACUCAACCAUUUGUGGCAGUGGCAUGUGUGAGAUGAUGUCAUGAUAGAGAUACAAGGACUGUAGAAGACGUGUGCAUUUCUUGUCCAGAACAAAAGAAUCUCUUGCUUAUUUUGUCUACACAACUGAUCCAUCCCCACGCCGUUUCUGUUAAUGGGGUGCCUAUUGACGAGGCGGCAGGUGCUAUUGCACUCUUUUUGGGGACCAUCCUUUCCUUUCGGGAAUGACUGACGACUGUUGAGUACGACUGUGCUGAAACUUUUUAUACAGUAUUCCACUGUUGACCUCGUUCCCCUCUGCCUCACUGUUGUGACGUGGCAGAUUCGAUUGUUCCAGAACUUUGCUUUGAAACAAGGCACACAUUCUCUUAAUACUGCAUCGCGUUCAAGUCUCUCCCAGAACAAAGUAGGUCCUUCGUGUUCUCGAUACUUGACUCUCACAAGUAUGGCAGCCUUUAUUGGGAAGCUCAUUUUUUCAAAGUGGAAUACUGUAAGAGCUUUUUUAGCGUGCUUUAGUAGUGAAUCUUUUUCUUUUGAGCCAAUCGAGAGUGCAUUGGCACAAGUCUCUGCCCCAGGAAAGUGUGAGCUAGCUACCUCUGGUAGUCACUUUCUCCAGCUCUUUCUUUUUUUUCUCUCUCUCCAAAACUUUCCAUUGGAAGUGCUCUGUAGUGCUAAUGGAGACUGUGCCACCUGCCUGCUGUUUGGCUUUGUGGUGUACAUAUAUAUCUUGUGCUUAUCUGUUAGCAUAUGGGUGUGUGUGUGUGUGUGUAUGUAUGUAUGGGUGUGUUAAGAAAGAAAGUGUCUGGCGCAUUGAGCACUGUGUGCUGGCCGCAUAUGCACAAUGCCAGAGAAUGAAAAGACGUGUUUUGUUUUUCUUUGUGGUGUGUGCUGGCGAAAAAACAAAAGCACGUUGUUUUUUUUUUUCUCACGAUUUUUAUUGUUUAGAGCCUUGCUUCUAUUCUUUUUUUUUAAACUGGUACAAAACUGUAGCGCAGCGUCAAUCAAAUGUGCUUGCUCAAAAGUGGCAGCAAUGUUGGCGUGAGUCGGAAGUCUGUCAGCCAUUGUUUGUAAGCUGUCAAACAGGGCUAAGGGACUAUAGUCGAAUCCUUAUAGCCCCAAUUUUUAUAUCGGUUGAGAUGCAGCAACAUUUUGCUGGUGUAUUUUAAUGUCCCGGAUGUUCUUGGGGGACAAAAGCAAAAUUGUCUGUUCUGCCUUACUUGGUUAACUUUUAGAAAGAAAACUCUGGAAUGACUGACUGUACAUGUACAUGGUGUACCUGUACGUGCACCUGCGCAGGUUUUACCUGCAGUUAAAAAGGGGGGGCCUGUUCCGAUCCACGUUGACUUCUUUAUCUUUAUAAUUUUUUUUUUACCUUCCCAUUCAUACAUAUUAUUUGUAUGCCAUCUGCUGUGCAAUGUUCUAAUUGCUGCAAAAGAAAUAUAUUGUCUAGUCCUGGUGCCAUUUAUGUUUAGCAAGUUUUUGUUUUGUUUUCUUGCAAGUUUUUUUUUUAUUAUUUUCAAGCACAGAGAUAAUGUGGGUCAUUGGUUAGUAUCUCAAUGUUUUAUUCAACAAGGCUGUUUUCUGUAUAGUAAAUAUUCUGCACUGCUUCACAAUUUGUUCAAUUGGUGCAGAAAUUAGCCUCCUUAUAUAACUUUGUGACAAAUAAAAAAAAAGAAGAAAUACUUGUCUCUCCUUCUGUCGCUGCUUAUUUACAAGCUAACAUGCCAGCUGCAGUAGAUAGCUUGCAGAUUAGCCGCUUCAUUUACGCCACAAAGUCGCCCCAACACGAGCCGUAAAAGAAACACUCAACAGAAAGAUUAUUUCAACUGUAUUAGUAAACGGCCAUUCUACCAAUACCGAAAUACACUCUUGCCGUGAGAAGGCUUGACAAGCCAAAAGACACAAAUGAAGAAUGGGUGGUACUGCUGCCCCGAGUUUCCAAACUCCAGAUCACCGUGACAACGUAGAUUGUGACGGUGUUUGCUUGCGCUUAAUUCACUUUUAAUUGUUGAAGAUGCACUACAUUUCAUUUCAAAAGAGCCAAAGACUAACCUUUGCAAGUUUCGAGAACAUUUACUGGGCCAUAGCAACCCGAAUAUGAGAAAAAAAUAAUAUUAGGAUUUCGGUGACAUCAUGCUCAUGGACUGGGGCUGACAUUUCAAGACUAUAAACAAAAACUUAUUUUUUCAUUUAAUAGCCAACCAUUUAUAGUCAACCCCAACAGAAAUGAGAGUUUUUAAAUAAUUCUUUAUCAGUAUGAGCUGUUUUAUUGCUUCUGUGGCAUCCCUUACAGCUUUGUACAUUGCACUUCUGGAAUUGCAAACACAUGCCAGUCUUGCCAGACUGCAAGCCUAGUUUAGUGGAAAAUACAUAAAAACAGAAGGGACCAGUGGCAACACUGCCUUUGAGGAGCUUGAACUGAGGCUGGUAAGUUUUGAGGGCCUCUUCUGCACAACAAGAACGAAUAUGAGCAAUGACGCUGUGAAAUCGGGCGUCAUUGUAGUGUCCCGGGUGAAGCCAUGAUUUAGGCGUCAAAUUUUAGAAGUUAUUCAUUUUGCUGUUUAUAAGCUAUCCUCUUUUGCUGAAAUAAUGUAGAAAGUCUCGAAGUCCAGUAAGUCAAAAAGAGUUGACCGAGCCUUAUUUACUAUUGCUUUGUUUGCCAGAAAGUGACCAUUUGUGUCGGCUCACUUCAAUAUGCGCAGUUGAGCUCGAGAAUUUGCCCACUUUAUUGUGGGAUUUGCAUCCAUAUAAUACAGCGACAGAGUUAAGACAUUGAACCUACAGAUCUGUUGAGGGACACAUCUAUAUACCUGCCAACCUACGAACGUUAAAAUUGGUAAAGAUCUCACAGACACUACACUGUAAACGGGGAGGGAGAAUAUCACAUUAUAAAGUGAAGCUUUCUAAGCGAAACCUCCAGAAUUUCGCAGAUUGUGGCUGCUGCUUCUCUGGCUGAAUAAAUUUUCCUUUGUUGUCUCAUCGAAUAUCAUGCACAAAACUGCUCUCGUAUAACAAAUUGGCUUACAUGUAGCUCCAUCUCUAAUACCACUGAAGAUGUGCCGUUUACUGGCUAUAUUCUCUACGGUAUUGCACUGUGACGCAACCAACAGUGCCUAAAUAUCCUUAAUGCAAGAAAUAUUAGCCUGAAUGUGCAUAAUUCCUUUAGUAAAGUGAAUCUUUCUAUGCCUUCUUUCCUGGGAUUUAGCUCGUCUGCUCCAUCGGCUUCUUGCCAAAUAAGGUGGGCCGCUCGUGGACAUAGCACAAGCUGACAAGCAAAACAGUGUUUAGAUCACAGCGACUUUACCGUUGCUGAUUUUGCCUGCUUCAUGAACUUGUCUGAAUAAAGGUUCUUGAAGCAGGUACAUCUCUGGUGUCCUUUCACCAUCAUAAGACUUCCAAGGGUAUUGUCACACACCGGCGAGCAAAACUUUUUUGGAAACAAUUUAUUUCUCGUAAAACUAGAUGAAAGAUUUGCAGUAUCGUAGAACAAGCCUGAAUUUGUAAACCUUAUGGAAAAUUCAGGAGUUCGCAGGUAUGCACCCAUCCCACAGGCUAUGCUGGUUGUGGGUGAAAACAAAUAAAAGCCAGGAAUUGA